CACGUGAAUACAGGAUUAGUGGGUGGGAUUGAGGUGAGCCCUGGUGCAUAAAUAGAGAGGCUCUGCGCUGUGGGCACACUCUGGACUGGGACCGCUCCCUGACCGCUCUCACAGGCAGGUGGGUGGGGAAUCCAGAUCUGCCAUGGAGAAAAUUUCGGCGUCAGCCUUCCUGCUCCUGGUCGCCCUGUCCUACACCCUGGCCAAGGAAACCACAGUGAAGCCCGGAGCUAAGAAGGACUCUCGACCCAAACUGCCCCAGACCCUCUCCAGAGGUUGGGGCGAUCAACUCAUCUGGACUCAGACCUAUGAAGAAGCCUUGUACAAAUCCAAGACGAGCAACAAACCGCUGAUGAUUAUCCAUCACUUGGACGAAUGCCCCCACAGUCAGGCUUUAAAGAAAGUGUUUGCCGAAAACAAGGAAAUCCAGAAAUUGGCAGAACAGUUUGUGCUUCUCAAUCUAGUCUAUGAAACAACUGACAAACAUCUCUCUCCGGAUGGCCAGUACGUCCCCAGGAUUUUAUUUGUGGACCCAUCCCUGACGGUGCGAGCAGACAUCACUGGCAGGUACUCAAACCGACUCUAUGCCUAUGAGCCUUCAGACACCGCUCUGUUGCUUGACAACAUGAAGAAAGCCCUCAAGCUACUGAAGACUGAACUGUAGUGGGGGAAAUUCUGCAAGCUGUUUGCUGCAUGCCAGGCCUGGAGACUGGGCCCGAAGAAGACUGCAGAAGCACUGGCCAGCACGCUCAUUACAUUAUGGUUAAUGUUACAACCGUCUUUUAUUUUUAAAAUUGACUUCAGGAAUAUGUGUAUGAAAACAAUACUGUACACUACUGUAGUAAGCUGUGAUUUUCUAAAAAAUAAAUCCUUUUGGAGGUACUUAAA